AUGCAUUUCCACUGGAGGACACUGGCGCUGGUCGUCUCGUCCCUCAUCACACAGGCCGCCGCCCAGUCCAGCGGCAGCAGCAGCAGCAGCACAUCCGCCACCGCCGCGCCCACGUCGACCCCCUCGCCAGGCGCCCUCCGGCAGUCGGUCUUCGUGUCGCCAAACCAGGAGCUCGCCUUCGGCAUCUCCAUCCCCGCCGACUCGGAGGACAUCUACUUCACGCUGGCGGGCCAGCCCGCAGGCGGCUGGGCGGCCGUGGGGCUGGGAUCGGCCACCAUGGCGGGCAACCCGCUGAUCCUGAUGGUGUACGCGUCCACCGACGGCGCCAACGUGACCUUUUCGCCGCGCCUCGCCACCCGCGGCCGCGCCGAGCCGACGCCCCUCUCCGCAGCCGACAGCAGCAGCUUGCGCGUGACGGCCCUGCCCGGCACCGGCCUCAUUAACGGCACGCUCGUCUACCGCGCCCGCUGCGCCGGCUGCCGGCGCUGGCCGGGCGGCGGCUCGCUCGACGUCGCCGCGACCGCCCUGCCGUGCAUCUACGGCGCGGGGCCGUCCUUCUUCCGCAGCGACGACGCGGCCGCGCCGCUCAAGAUGCACCACAGCUUCGGAUCCUUCACGCUCGACCUGCGCGCCGCCACCGCCGCCGCCGCUGGUGGUGGUGGCGUCGCCGACGCGCCCGUGCUGGACAAGAGCACCACUCUUCGCAGCGUGGGCGCCACGCUCGGGGGAGUCUCGAGGACGGGCAAGCGGGACUGGGCCGCCGUGGCGCACGCCGUCGUCAUGAUCUUUUGCUUCGUGGGGCUGCUGCCGCUCGGUGUGCUGAUGCUGCGCGUCGGCGAGUGGGUGCGCCCGCACGGCAUUACCCAGGGCGUUGCCGUUGUUGGAAUUAUUGUCGGUUUUGGGCUUGGUAUCCAUGUCAGCGGCAGGUAUAACCGGUCCAAGGAUUUCAACUCUGCCCACCAGGUCAUCGGCAUCCUCGUCUUCAUCUUCCUGCUCACCCAGUUCGUCAUCGGCUUCCUGCACCAUAGGAACCACCGCAAGAGCCAGUCGCAGGCCGAGGUCCCCGUCCCCACCCCCAAGAAGACGCUCAACCUCCGCCCCGUGCACAUCUGGCUGGGGCGGUCCGUCAUGGUCAUGGGCAUUAUCAACGCAUUUCUUGGCUUCCCCUUUGCUCUCUCUCCUGGCUACAACCUCGUCCUGGCCCCGAUCGCCCUCGCCAUCCUGUUCAUCAGCACCGUGCUGCUCUUCCUCAAGGGCUUCCUGCGCCGGCGCCUCUUCGGCAAGAAGUCGCCGCAGCCCGAGGACGACGCCCCGCCCUCCUACACCCAGGAACCCUGGCGCCAGCCCUACCCCAUGGGCACCUCGGCCGGCGCCACCGCGGCGCCACCAUCUCCCGACGCCCCGCGCGGUGGCGGCAUGUUUGGCCUCUCGGGCCUGCGUGGCCUGAUGAAGGGCGGCGGCGGCGGCGGCGGCGACGGCCCGAGCGCCAAGGGGAUGGAGCUGGGCUCGAGGCAGCACCCGAGGGAGCUGGUGUGA